AUGUUUUCCCGGCUUUUUAGUUAUGCAUGUAAAUAAAUAGAAUACAAAUCCAAGUGUGUUAAUAUAUAUAUAAAAAAGUUUGAAAUUUAAGAAAAUAUGAUUGUGAAAUGCUUCUCUGUCUUAAAAUAGCAAAAAUCUGAAUAAAAACAAUGUUUGAUUGUAAAUAACUAAAUUAGUAACCAAGAACUUGAAAGCCUGUAACCGGUAAAUUUAUAUUCUAUCUCUAUUAGAUUCAUACCUUAUUAUCUCCAUUAUGCGGGGAUUCUUAAUGUUCAACUGAGAAUAGUUCCUGCUUCAAAUUAUAAGAGAAAAUGAUAGAAGAACUUCUAUUAGAUGAUUAAUUUGAAUCGAUCUUCUCUGAUAUCGAUAAUGCUGAGUACUACAGAUAAACUCUUAUAUUUAAAACUAGUAUAAUCUUAAUAGAUAUUUUAGUACAUGAAUUAAAACAAGCCAUACCAAGGAUUAGACGAUCAUUUGAUGGAUUGGUGAUGCCCAUAAAUGAAAUGCUAAUUGAAAAAUAGCACGAUGAGUCAUACAAACUAAGGAUUAUUGUAAUUUAAAUUAGUAAAAUUAGACCAAGAAAUUUAUUCAUCAUAAUUUUAGAAUUAACAUACGAGCACUGUGUAGAUUCAUAGAAAAAGUAAUUGAAUUUAACAUAACAUUUUAAAGCAGUAAAAUAUAUUAAUUACAAAUAUAGAUGACAUUAUUUAAUAUCCUGAUGAAUCAAUUCACAUCAAUCCAAUAUCUUUGGUGAGAUGCUCAGAUCAAAAGUAGACUUGUUAUGAGUCUCUUAAAGAAUUUUUGUUGAACCAAUUUGAUUUGUGUGACAGUAUACAACUCAUCCUUGAAAUAUUGAAAGAUUUUGAAAAUCAAGAUUUAGCAAAACUCUCAAGCUACCAAGUCGUGGAUAAAGAUAUCUAUAGACUGAAGUUGUAGCUUACAAGUAUAAUUUACAAAAGAAUGUAAAUUUGA